AUGGAUAUUCUUAAAUCUACACAAUCUGAUUGGACUCUGAAAAGAGUCCGCACCGAGGUUUCGGAUUCCUCAUCCUCUGAGGAGGAAUCCACGUCGUCAACAUUAACUGCAAAUAAAUCAAAAGUAAUCUCUUCUGCUAUUUGGCCAAUAUUCCUGGUUAUUGAAUCGACAAUCAAUGGAGCCUUGAAACAACUUUCACCUUUUGCUGUUGAGAAGGGACUUCAAGGCUUGGCUGUCGAGCCAAAGAGUGUCAAAAAGGAAACCAUUUUGCGUACUCUCGAGAGUGCCCAAGAUGGCAAUUGGAGAAACGGAUACAACAGGUUAGAGUUGAAAGACGUCUGUCGUUUCCUGAAGCCAGAAAGUUGGUGGAGACCAAGUCAACUGUUGCAGUUGGGAAAUCCUAUGCUGCAGCAGUUAAGGUCUCUACUACAAACCGUGAACAUGAAGUUGACUGUUGCAGCUGUGGGGAUUGUUGCGUUCGUGUUUAGCGUCUUGCCAGUUUCAGAUGUAGCAGAUGCAUCUAUUAAUUGCAUGGGUGGAGCAUAUUCUGGACAGAAUACAACAUUAGUCUGCAACCUAAUGGCUCAAGGGCUUGAUGGAAUGAGAUGGAUACGACCAACUAAUGAAGAGGUGAUGGCGUGUGCAAUUAAUAAUACACUAUGUGUACCAGAUACACGGACACCUGGAUACAGCUUUGUGAUUGACUCACCUUCACAGGUCACUCUAAUCAUAGAAUCCUUCAACUUUAGCACAGAUGCUGGGCAAUGGAUUUGUCAAGAUGGAAUGUAUGGAACUGGUCGGUCUGUAUGUAACAAGACUCAAUUUUUUGCUCUAACCAAUGUAGCAAUAUCUACUAAGCCGCCCAUGAUAAUGGUAGGUGUCUCAACUGUGCUGCGAUGUGUAACCAAUCCAACCUUCCCAACAGCUACCAUUAUGUGGAUUUUAGACAACACACAUAUAACACAAGGAGUUACAACCACAACUGAAAGGGUACCUGGCAGUGGCUUUAUCACUACAAGUAACCUAACCAAAACCUAUGCCUCUGAAGAUGAUGGAAAAAUGUUAGUGUGUUCAGCCACCAAUGGAGAGUAUACGGUCACAUCUGCAGCGUUGGAAGUUAGCACAGGUGACCCAGAGCUCAUGUCUGCCUUACGUACAGGUGCUACAACAGGAAUUGUGAUCGCUGUUGUUCUGGCUCUUGCUAUUCCAAUUGUGGGGAUACUUUAUAAGAGAAAUAAAAGACAACCAGAUGCUGUGGAAGAGAAUAUUGAUAACAGAACGCAGAAGAGUGAAAUUGAGAGAAGUCAGAUUGAUAACCCUGUAUUCACCCAGACAGAUUAAGUAAUUGUGAAGUUACUGACUAAUCAAUUGAGUAAAAAUUUUAUGAUAUAAUACAAUUUGUCAUCACUAGUUAUGUUUUGAUUAAUGCAGUCCAUCGACCAUUCCUCACAAACCAGAUAGAGUACAAUCUCACAAUGCUAGUGAUGUUCUGAUUAAUGCAGUCCAUCGACCAUUCCUCACAAACCAGAUACAGUACAAUUUGUCAUCACUAGUGAUGUUUUCAUUAAUGCAGUCCAUCGACCAUUCCUCACAAACCAGAUAGAGUACAAUCUCACAUCACUAGUGAUGUUCUGAUUAAUGCAGUCCAUCGACCCUUCCUCACAAACCAGAUAGAGUACAAUCUCACAUCACUAGUGAUGUUCUGAUUAAUACAAUCCAUCGACUAAUCCUCACAAACCAGAUAUAGUACAAUUUGUCAUCACUAGUGAUGUUUUUAUUAAUUUAGUCCAUCGACCAUUCCUCACAUACCAGAUAUAGUACAAUCUCACAUCACUAGUGAUGUUCUGAUUAAUGCAGUCCAUCGACCCUUCCUCACAAACCAGAUAGAGUACAAUCUCACAUCACUAGUGAUGUUCUGAUUAAUACAAUCCAUCGACUAAUCCUCACAAACCAGAUAUAGUACAAUUUGUCAUCACUAGUGAUGUUUUUAUUAAUUUAGUCCAUCGACCAUUCCUCACAUACCAGAUAUAGUACAAUCUGUCAUCACUAGUGAUGUUCUGAUUAAUGCAGUCCAUCGACCAUUCCUCACAAACCAGAUAGAGUAUAAUCUGUCAUCACUAGUGAUGUUCUGAUUAAUGUAGUCCAUCGACCAUUCCUCACAAACCAGAUAGAGUACAAUCUGUCAUCACUAGUGAUGUUCUGAUUAAUGCAGUCCAUCGACCAUUCCUCACAAACCAGAUUGAGUACAAUUUGUCAUCACUAGUGAUGUUUUCAUUAAUGCAGUCCAUCGACCAUUCCUCACAAACCAGAUAGAGUACAAUCUGUCAUCACUAGUGAUGUUCUCAUUAAUGCAAUCCAUCGACCAUUCCUCACAAACCAGAUAGAGUACAAUCUGUCAUCACUAGUGAUGUUCUGAUUAAUGUAGUCCAUCGACCAUUCCUCACAAGCCAGAUAGAGUACAAUCUGUUAUCACUAGUGAUGUUCUGAUUAAUGCAGUCCAUCGACCAUUCCUCACAAACCAGAUAGAGUACAAUCUGUCAUCACUAGUGAUGUUCUGAUUAAUGUAGUCCAUCGACCAUUCUUCACAAACCAGAUAGAGUACAAUCUGUCAUCACUAGUGAUGUUCUGAUUAAUGCAGUCCAUCGACCAUUCCUCA